AUGGGUAGACAUUUCGAAUGCUAUGCGUGGAUUACUGUUUCCCAGUCUUAUGUGAUUGAAGACUUACUUAGAAGAUUGAUCAAAGAAUUCUGCAAAGCAAAGAAGGAAGAGGUCCCUGCAGACAUGAAUGCCAUGAGUUAUAACGAAUUGCUGGAGAUUUUGGUGAACUACUUGGAGACUAAAAGGUACCUAGUUGUAUUGGAUGAUGUGUGGGAUGUCCACCUUUGGGAGAAAAUAAGGUUUUCAUUUCCAGAUAAACAACUUGGAAGUCGAGUCAUGCUUACAACUCGAAGAGAAGACAUAGCAUCCUCUUCUUUUGGAGUUGAAAGCCAUGUUCACAAGAUUAAACCGCUGGAAAGGGGUGAUGCGUGGGAGCUCUUCAGCAUGAAAGCAUUCUCAAGUUACCCUAACAAAUCUUGUUCAACAGAAAUUCUGCCAUUAGCUCGGGAACUUGUGGAGAAGUGUGAUGGCCUACCUCUUGCGAUCGUAGCCUUGAGUGGUCUUAUGUCUUCUAAGAAGUCACUUACAGAGUGGGGCAAAAUCUACAACAGCUUAAAUUGGCAUUUAACAAACAAUCCUUUGCUAGAACCUAUGAAGAGCAUCUUGUUGUUUAGUUUUAAUGAUUUGCCAUACCGACUGAAACAAUGCUUUCUAUAUUUUUCCCUUUUCCCUGAAGAUUAUGUUAUCGUAAAUAAAAGGCUCAUUAGAUUGUGGAUCGCUGAAGGAUUUGUUGAACAUGAGAAAGGCACCAUGCCAGAAGAAGUUGCUAAUAGCUAUAUUAUGGAACUCAUUUUUCGUAACAUGCUACAGGAAAUGAUUCAUGAAAACCAACCAGCAUGUAAGAUGCAUGAUCUUAUGCGGGAGAUUGCUCUGUCAAUAGCAGAAAAAGAAAAGUUUUGUGUCGUUCAUGAUGGGAGUGAAACAAUGGAAGCAACCGGGGCCCUCCGUUUGUCAAUUCAAACAACUAUUGGAGAAAUUGGACCACGUACAAAGCAGUUUAUGGAGUCCAUGAAAGAAGGAGGUGUGGAUCAUCCGAGGAUGCUACUCGUCGACGAGAGAUGUAAGAAAUAUACGUAAGUAUCUUUU